AUGGGGUGGUGUUGUAGGGGUUUUGGUGGGAGGGGAGGAUGUGUGGGGGGGUUGAUUGAGGGAUUGAGGUGGAGGUGUUUAGUAUGGAUAGGGUUUGGUUGGGGGGGGGGAAGGGGGGUGGUGGGGUGGGUGGUGGUGUUUGUGGUGUGUUUGGGGGGUGGUUGUGGUUGGUUGUUUUGUUUGUGUUGGUUGGUGGGGUUGGUGUUUUUGUGUGUGUGGGGAGUGUUUGUGUUUUGUUGUGGGGGUGUUUAUGUGGGUGGUGGGGUUGUUGGGUUGGGGUGGUGUUGGAUGGUUUGGGGGUUGUGGGGUGUGGGAGGGUGUUGUGUUUUGUGGUUGGGUUGUGUUGGGGGUGUGGUGGUUUGGUGGGUGUUUGUGUUGAGGGUUGGUGUUGUGGGGAGUGGGGGUUGGGUUGGGUGGUGUUUGAUGGUUGUGGUGUUGUUUAGUUGGGGGAUUGGAGGUGGUGUGGUUGUUUGGGUGGGUUUGUUUUGUGGGUGGGUGGGUUGUGGGGUGGUGUGGAUGGUUUGUAGGUGGGUUGUGUGGGGUGUGUGGGUGGGGUGGGGUGUGGUGGGUUGUGUGGGUGUGGGUUGGUGUGUUGGGUGGGUGUUUGGGUUGUGUGGGUUGUGGUGUGGUGUGGGUUGGUGUUGGGGUGUGGUGGGUUGUUGGGUGGGUGGUGUGUGGGGGGUGGUGUGUUGGUGGGGUGGUGGGGUGUUUGGGUGUGGGUGUGGGGUGGGGGGUGUGGGGUGUUGUGGUGUGGGGGUGGGGUUGUGGUGUGUUGGUAGUUGGUGGGUUGGUGGGUUGUUGUUGGGGGUUGUGGGUGGUGGGUUGUGGGUGGGUGUUGUGUUGGGUGGUGGGUGGUUGGGUGUGGGGUGGGGGGGUGGGUGUGGUGUGGGGUUUGUGUGGUUGUGGUGGGUGGGUGUUGUGUGGGGGUUUGGUUGGGGUGGGGUGUUGUGUGGGGUGUGGUUGGGGGUUUUGUUGGUUGUGGGGUGGGUGGGUGUUUGGGGGUGGGUGGGGGUGGGUUGGUGGGUGUGUGUUGGUGGGGGUGGGGUGUGGGUGGGGUGUUGGGGUGUGGUUGGGUGGGGGUUGGUGGGUGGUGGGGGGUGUUGGGUGUUGGGUUGUGUGGGUGGGGUGUGGGUUUGGGUUGGGGUGGGGUGUGGGGUGUUGUGGUGGGUGUUGGGUGGUGGUGGGGGGUGGGUGGUGGGUGUUGGGUGUUGGGGUGGGGGGUGGUGGGGUGGGGGUUGGUGGGGGUUGUGGGUUGGGGUGUGUGGGGGUGUGGGGUGUGGUGUUGGUGGGUUGGUGGGUGUUGGGUGGUGUGGGGUGGGGUGUGUUGGUGGUGGUGGGUGUUGUGUGGGGGUGGGUGUGUGGUUGUGGGUGGGGGGUGUUGGUGGGUGGGUGGUGGGGUGGUGUGGGGGUUGGUGUGGGGGGGGGUGGUGUGGUGGGGUUGGGUGGGUGUGGGGGUGUGUUGUGGGGUUGGGGUGUUGUGGUGGUUGUGGUGGGGGUGGGUGUGUGGUUGGGGGGGUGGGUGUGGGUUGUGGUGGUGUGGGUUGUGGGGGGUGGUGUGUUGGUGGGUUGGGGUGUGUGGGUGUGGGGUGGUUGGGGUGGUUGGUGUUGGGUGUGGGGGUGUGGUUGGGUGGGUGUUGGGUGGUGGGUUGUUGUGUGGGGUGGGUGGUUGUGUGGUGUGUGGGGGUGGGGUGGGGGGGUGUGGGGUGGGGGGUGGUUGGGGGUUGUGGGGUGGGUGUGUGUGGGUGGGGUGGUGGUGGUGUGGGGUGGGGUUGGGGGUGUGGGUGGGGUUGUGGGUGGUGGGGGUGUGGUGGUGUGGGUGGUGGGGUGGUGGUGGGGGUGUGGUGGGUGGUGUGGGGGUGGGUGGUUGUGGGGUGUGGGGUGGUGUGGGGUGGGUGGUGGUUGGUUUGUGGGGUGUGGGUGGGUGUGGUGGGGUGGGGGGGUUGUGGUGGGGGGGUGGGUGGGGUGGGGUGUGGUGGGGGGUUGUGGUGGUGUGGGGUGGGUUGUGGUGGGUUGUGGGUGGGUGUGGGGUGGGGGGUGUGGUGGGUUGGGGGGGGUGGGGUGGGUGGUUGGGGUGUGUGGUGUGGGGGUGGGGUGGUGUGGGGGGUGUGGUGUGGGUGGUGGGGGGUGUUUGGGUGGUGGGGUGGGGUGUGGGGUGUGGUGGGUGUGGGUGGGUGUGUGGGUGGGGGUGGUGUUGUUGGGUGGUGGGUGUGGUUGUGGUGGGGGGUGUGUGGGGGUUUGGGUGGUGGUGGUUGGGUGUGGGGGGGGUGUUGUGGGUUGGGUUGGUGGUGGGGUUGGUGGGUGGUGGGUUGUGUGGGGUGUGGUGGGUGGGGGUGUGGUUGGGGUGGUUGGUGGGGGUGGGUGUUGGUGGGUUGUUGGUGGGUUGUGGGGGGGGGGGUGGGGGGUGGUGUGGGGUGGGUGGGGGGUGUGUGGUGUGUGGGGGUGUGGGUGUGGGUGGGUGUGGGUGGUUGGGGUGGGUGUGGGUGGGUUGGGGGUGGGGGGGUGGUUGGGGUGGUGGGGGGUGGGUGGGGGGUGGGUGUGUGUGGGGUGGGUUGUGGUGGGGGUUGGGUGGGUGGGGGUGGUGUGGGGGUGGUGGGGUUGGUGGGUGUGGGGUUGUGGGGGUGGUGGGUGUUGGUGGGUGGGUGUGGGGUUGUUGGGUGGGGUGGUGGGGGUGGGUGGGGGUGUGGGGGUGGUGGGUGUGGGGGGGUGGGUGUGGUUGUGGUGUGGGGUGGGUGGGGGUGGUUGUGUGGGUGGUGGGUUGGGUGGGUGGUGUUGUGGUGGGGUGUGGGGUGGGGUUGGUUGGGGGGGUUGUGGGUGUGGGGGUGGGGGGUGGGUUGGGUGGGGGUGUGGGUGUGGGUGUUGGUGGGGGGUGGGUGUGUGGGGUUGUGGGUGUUGGUGGGUGUGUUGGUGUGGGGGGUGGUGGUGUGGGGGGGUGGUUGGUGGUGUGGGGUGUGGUGGGUGGGGGUGGGUUGGGGGGUGUUGUGGGUGGGGGGUGGGUGGUGGUGUGGGUGUUGGGUGGGUGUGGGUUGGGUGGUUGGGGUGGUGGGGUUGGGGGUGGUGGGUGUGUGGGGUUGGGUGUGGUGUGGGUGGGGGGGGUUGGGUGGUGGGGGUGGUUGGGUGGUGGUGGGGGGGUGGGUGGUGGGGUGGGUGUGGGGGGGGGUGGUGUUGGGUGUGGUUGGUGUGGGGUGGUGGGGUGGGUGUGGGUGGGUGUGUGGGGUGGGGGUGGUGGGGGUGGGGUGUGGGUGGGGUGUGGGUUGUGGUUGGGUGGUGUGGGGGGUGGGUGUUGUGGGUGGUGGGGGGUGUGGGUGGGGUGUGUUGGUGGGGUGGGGUGGGUGGUGUUGGUGGGUGUGGGGGGGGUGUGUUGGGGUGGUGGGUUGGUGGGGUGGGGUGGGUGUUGGUGGGUGGGGUUGGGGGGGUGUGGGUGGGGGGUGGUGUGGGGGGGGUGUGGUGGGGUGGGUGGGGUGUGGGGUGGGGGUGGUUGUGGGGUGGGGGUGGGGGUGUGGGUGGGGUGUGUGGGGGGUGGUGUGGGGUGGGGGUGGGUUGGGUGUGGGGUGGGGUGGUGGGGGGUUGGUGGGGGUGGUGGGGGGUUGGGGUGGUGGUGUGGGUGGGGGUGGUUGGGGGGUGUGUUGGUGGUGGUUGGGGGUGGGGUGGGGGGGUGGGUUGUUGUGGGUGGUGGGGUGGGGUUGUGUGGGUGUGGGGGGGGUGUGUGGGGUGGGUGUGUUGGGUGGUGGGUUGUGGGGGGGUUGUUGGUGGGGGGGUGGGUGUGUUGGUGGGGGUGGGUGUGGGGGUGGGGGUGUGGGGUGGGUGUGGGGGGUGUGUGGGUGGGGUGGUGGGGGUUGGGGUGUGGUGUGUGGGGGGUGGUUGGGGUGGUGGGGGUGUGGGGGGGGUGUGGGUUGGGUGGUGUGGGUGGGUGUGGGGGUUGGGGUGGGUGUGGUGGGUGGGUGUGGGUGUGGGGGUUGGGUGGGGGGGUGGUGGUGGGUGGUUGGUGGGUGUGGUUGGUGGGGGUUGGGUGGGGUGGUUGUGGGUGGGGUGUGGUGGGUUGGUGUGGGGUGGUUGGGUGGUGGGUGGGUGUUGUUGGGGUGUGGGGGGGGGUGGGGGUGGGUUGUGGGGUGGGGGUGGUGUGGUGGGUGUUGGGUGGGUGGGGGUGGGGGGUGGGGUGGUGUGUGGGGUGGGUGUGGGUGGGUGGUGGGGGGUGUGUGUGGGGUUGGGUGGGGGUUGGGUUGGGGUGGUGUGGGGUGGUGGUGUUGGGGGUGGGUGGUGGGGUGUGGGGGUGUGGGUGGGGUGGUGGGGUGUGGGUGGGGGUUGUGUGUGUGGGGGUGGGGGUGGUGUGGGUGUGUUGGGGUGGGGGUGGUGGGGGUGUGGUGUGGUUGGGGGUGGUGGGUGGUGGGGGUUGGGUGUGGGUGUGGUGGGUGGGGGGGUGGGUGGGGGUUGGGUGGUGGGGGUGGGUGUGGGUGUUGUGGUGGGGUUGGUGGGGUGGGGUGGGGGGUGUUGUGGGUGGUGGGUUGUGGGGGUGGGGGGUUUGGGGGUGGUGGGUUGUGGGUGGGGGGGUGUGGGUGGGGGUGGGGUGGUUGGGGUUUGUGGGUGGGUGGUUGGGGGUGUUGUGGUGUGGGGGGUGGGGUGGUUGUGGGGUGGGUGUGGGGGUGUGGUGGGGUGUGGUGUGGGUGGGUGGUUGUGUGGGGUGUGGGUGGGUUGUGGGGGUGGGUGUGGGGGGGUGGGGGGGUUGGGUGGGGGGUGUGGGUGUGUGGUUGUGGGGGUGUGGGUGGGGGUUGUGGGUGUGGUUGGGGGGUUGGGGGUGGUGGUGUGGGUGGGUUGUGUUGGGGGUGGUGGGUUGGGUGUGGGGGUGGGGUGUGGUGGGGGGUGGGUGGGGUUGUUGGGUGUGGUGGGUGUGGUGUGGGGGUGGUGGGGUGUGGGGGUGUGGGUUGUGGUGGGUGUGGGUGGGUUGGUGGGGUUUGUGGGUGGUGGGGUGUGGGGGUGGGUGGGGUGGGUGGGGGUGUGGGUGGGUGUGUGUGGUGUGGUGGGUUGUGGGUGUGUGGUGUGGGGGGGUGGUGGUGGUUGUGGGGUGGGGUGGUGGGUGUGGGUGUGGGGGUGUUGGGUGGGUGGGUGUGGGGUGGGGUGGGGGUUGUGGGUGGGGGUGGGGGUGUGGGGUGGGGUGUGUGGUGUUGGGGUGGGGUGGGUGGGUUGUGGUUGGGGGGUGGUGGGUGUGGGGGUGUGGUGUGGGUGGGGUGUGUGGGGUGUGUUGUUGGUGGGGUUGGGGGUGGGGUUGGUGGGUGGGGGUGGGGUGGUGUGGGGGUGGUGGGGGUGGUGGGGGUGGUGGUUGUGGGGGGUGGUGGGUGUGGUGUUGUGUGGGUGGGGGUGGUGUGGGUGGGUUGGUGGUGGGUGGGGUGGGUGUGUUGGUGGUGGGGUUGGUGGGUGUGGGUGGUGUUGGUGGGUGUGGUGUGGGGUGGUUGGGGGUGGGUGGGGUGGGGUGGUUGGGGGGGGUGGGUGGUGGGGUUGGUUGUGUGGGUGGUGGGUGUGUGGGGGUGGGUGUGGUUGGGGGGGUGGUGGGUUGUGUUGGGGGUGGGGUGUUGGUGGUGGGUGGGGGGUGUUGGUGGGUGUGGGGUUGGGUGUGGUGGGGUGUGGGGGGGGUUGGUGUGGGGGUUGUGGGGGGUGGGGUGGGUGUUGGUGGGGGUGGGGUGUGGGUGGGUGGUUGGGGGGGGGUGGGGGUGUGUGGUGGGGUUGUGGUGUGGUUGGUUUGGGGGGUGUGGGGUGGGGUUGUGGGUGUGUGGUUGGUGUGGGGUGGUGUGGGGUGGUGUGGUGGUUGUGGGGGGUGGUGGGGUGGGGUUGUGGGUGGGUGGGGGGUGUGGUGGUGGGGUUGGGGUGUUGGGGGUGGGUUGGGUGGUGGUGGGUGGGUGGGUGGGGUUGGUGGGUGGUGGGGUGGUGGGGGUGUGGUGGGUUGUGGUGGGGGUGUGGUGUGGGGGGUGGGUGUUGGUGGGUUGUGGGGGUGGGUGUGGGUUGGGGGGUUGGGUGUUGGUGGGUUGGGGUGGGGUGGGGGUUGUGGUGGGGUGGUGGGUGUGGGUGUUGGGGGGGUGGGUGUUUGUGGUGGUGGGGUGGUGUGGGUGGGGUUGUUUGGGUGGGGUUGGUGGGGGUUGGUGGUGUGGUGGGGGUGGGGGUGGUUGGUGGGUUGGGGGUGUGGGUGGGGGUGUGUUGGUUGGUGGGUGGGUGGUUGGGUGGGGGGGGUGGUGGGGUUGUGUGGUGGGGGUGGGUGGGGGGUGGGGGUGUGGGGUGGGGGUGGUUGGGGUGUGGGUGGGUGUUGGUGGGGUGUGGGUGGGGGGUGGUGGGGGUGGGGUGGGUGGUGGUGGGGUUGGUGGUGUGUGGGGUGUGGGUGUGUGGGGGUUUGGGUGGUGGGGGGGGUGUGGUGGGGGUUGUGUGGUGUGGGGUUGGGGUGGGGUGGUUGGUGGGUGUGUGGGGUGGGUUGUGGUGGUGGGGUGUUGGUGUGGGGUGGUGUGGGGGGUGUGGGGUGUGGGGUGGUGGUGGGGGUGGUGGGUGGGGGUGGUGUGGGGUGUGGGGGGUGGGGUGUGGGGGUGGGUUGUGGUGGGGUGGGGGGUGGUGGGGUGUUGGGUGGUGGGGGUGUGGUGGGGUGGGUGGGGUGGGGUGGGUUGUGGGGGGGGUGGGGUUGGGUGGUGGGUGGGGUGUGUGGGGGUGUGGGGUGGGGGGGUGUGGUGGGUGUUGGGGUGGUGGGGUGGUGGUUGUGUGGGUGGGGGUGUGGUGUGGGUGUGGGUGGUGUUGGGGGGUGGGGUGGGGGUUUGUGGUGUGUGGGUGGGUGGGGGUUUGGUGGUGUGGUGGGUGUGGGGUGGGUGUGGGGUGGGUGGGGGUGGGGUUGUGGUGGGGUGGGGGUGGUUGGGUGGGGUGGGUGGGUGGGGUGUGGUGGGGGGUGGGGUGGGGGUGGUGUGGGUGGUGGGUGGGUGGGUGGGUGUGGGUGGGGGGGGUGGUUGUGGUGGGGUGGUGGGUUGGGGGUGGGUGGGGGGGUGGUGGGGGGGUGUGGUGGUGGGGGUGGUUGGGUGUGGGUGGUUGGGGGGGUGGGGGGGUGUGGUGGUGUGGGGGGUGUGGGUGGGGGGUGGUGGGUGUGGGUGGUUGUUGGGGUUGGGUGGGUGGGGUUGGGGGGGUGGGGGGGUGUGGGUGUGGGGUGGGUGUUGGGGUGGGUGUGGGUGUGUGGGGGGUGGGGGUGGUGGUUGGGGUGGUGGGGUGGGGUGUGUGGGGUUGGUGGGGGGUGGUGUGGGGGGUGUGGGUGGGGUGGGUGUUGGGGGUGUGGGGUGUGGGGGUGGUGGGUGUUGGUGGUUGUGGUGGGUGGGGUGUGUGGGUUGGUGGGGGUGGUGGGGGGUGGUGUUGGGGGUGGGGGUGGGGGGGGUGUGGGGGUGGGGGUGGGGUGUGGUGGGGGGGUGGUGGGGUGGUGGGGGGGUGUUGGUGUGGGUGUGGGGUGGGGGUGGUUGGGUGGGGGUGGGUGUGUGGGGGGUUGGGGGUGGGGGUGGGUGGGGGGGUGUGGGGGUGGUGUGGUGUUGUGGGGGGUGUGGGUGGGGGGUUGGGGUGGUGGGGGUGGUGUGGUUUGUGUGGGUGUGGGGGUGGUGGGGGGGUGUGGGUGGGUUGUGGGGGUUGGUGUGGGUGGGGGUGGGUGGUGGUGUGGGGGGUUGGGUGUGGGGGUGUGGUGUGGGGUGGUGGGGUGGUGUGGUGUUGUGUGGGUGGGUGGGUGGGUGUGGGGGGGUUGGGGGUGGGUGUGUUGUGGGUGGUGUUGGGGUGGGUGGGGUGGGGGUGGGGGGUGUGGUGGGGGGGUGUUGGGGUUGUGGGUUGGUGGUGGGUGGGGUUGGGGUGGGUGGGGGUGGGGGGUUGGUGGGUGGUGGGGGGUUGGUGUGGGUGGGUGGGUGUGGGGGUGUGGUGUUGGUUGGGUGUGGGGUUGGGGGGGUGGGUGUGGGGUGGUUGGGGGGUGUGGGGGGGGGGGUGGGGUGGGGUGGGGGUGGUGGGGGGGUUGGUGGUUGGUGGGUGUGGUGGGGUGUGUGGGGGUGGGGUGUGGUGUGGGGUGGGGUUGGGGGUGGGUGGGGUGUGGGUGGGUGGGGUGGUGUGUGGGGGUGGUGUGGGUGGGGGGGGGGUGUGGGUUGGGGGGGGGGGUGGUGGGGGGUGUGGGUUGUGGGGGGGUGGUGGUGGGUUGGGUGGGGUGUGGUGGGGUGGGUGGUUGGUGUGGGGGUGUGGGGGGUGGGUGGGGGGGUUGGGGGUGUUGUGGGUGUGGUGGGGUUGGGGGGGUGGUGGGGUGUGGGUGGGGGUUGUGGGGGGUGGUUGUGGUUGGUGGGGUGGGGGUGUUGGGGUUGGGUGGGUGGUUGGUGGGGGUGUGUUGUGGUGGUGGGUGGGUGGUGGGGGUUGGGGGUGGGUGGUGGUGGGGGUUGUGGGGUGUGGGUGGGUGGGGUGUGGGUGGGGGGUGGUUGGGUGUGGGGGGUGUUGGUGGGUUGGUGGGGGUGGGGGUUGUGUGGGGGUGGUUGGGUGGUGGGGGGUGGUUGGUGGUGUGGGGGGUGGUGGGUUGGUGUGGGGGGUGUUGGGUGGGUGUGGGUGGGGUGUUGGGGGGGUGUGGUGUGGGGGGGUGUUUGGGGUGUGGUGGGGGGUUUGGUGUGGUGGGGGGUUGGGUGUGGUGUGUGGGUGUGGUUGGUGGGGGGUGGGGUUGGGGGGUGUUGGUUGGGGGUGGGUGGGGGUGGUGUGGGGGUGGGGUUGUGGGUGUGGUGGGGGGUGGGGGGGUUGUGGGGUGGUGGGUGUGGUGGGUGUGGGGUUGUGGGGGUGGGUGUUGGGUGUGGUUGGGUGGGGGUGGUGGUGGUGGGGGGUGGGGGGUGGUGGGUGUGGGUGGUUGGGGGUGGGGUGUUGGGGGUGUGGUGGGGGUGUGUGGGUUGGGGGGGGGGGUGUGUGGGUGGUGGGGUGGGGGUUGGUGGUGGGUGGGUGGGUGGUGGGGGUGUUGGUGUGGGUGGGUGUGGGGGUGGGGUUGGGGGGUGGUGGGGGUUGUGGGGGGGGGUGGGUGUGUGGGGUUGUGGUGGGGUUGGUGGGUUGUGGUGGGUGUGGGUGGGGGUUGGGGUGGGGGGUUGUGGUGGGGGUGUGGGGGGUGUGGGGGUUUGGUGGUGUGGUUGGGGUGUUGGUGGGGUGUGUGGGUGGUGUGGGUGGGGGUGUGGGGGUGGUGUUGGUGUGGUGUGUUGGGGGUGGGUGGGGGUUGGUGUGGGGUGGGUGUUGGGUGGUGUGUGGGGGUGGGGGGGUGGGUGGUUGUGGGGGUGGGUGUGUGGGGUGGGGGGGUUGUGGUGGUUGGUGGGGUGUGGGGGUUUGGGGUGGGGGGGUGGGUGUUGGUGGGUGGGGUUGUGGGGGGGGUGUGGGGGGUGGGGUGUGGGGUGGGUGUGUGGGGUGUGGUGGUUGGUGGGGGUGGGGGGUGUGUGGGUGUGGGGGUGGUGGGUGGUGGGGUGGUGGGGUGGUGUUGGGGUGUGGUGGGGUGUUGGGUGGGUUGUGGGGGGGGGUUGGUGGUGGUGUUGGUGUGGGUGGUGGGUGUUGGUGGUGGGUGUGUGGGUGGGGUGUGGGUGGGGGUUGGGUGGUGGUGUUGGGGGUGUGGGGGGUGUGGGUUGGGUGGGGUGUGGGGGUGGGGGGUUGUGUGGGUGUGGUGGGGGUGUGGGGGUGGUUGGGUGGGUGGUGGGGUUGUGUGGGUGGGGGGUGGUGUGGGUGUUGGUGUGGUGGGGGUGGGGGUGGUGGGUGGGGGGUGGGUGGUGUGUGGGGUUGUGGGUGGUGGGGGGUGUGGGUUGGUGGGUGUGGGGUGGUUGGGGGUGUGGUGUGGUGUGGGGGUGGGGUGGUUGGUGGGGGGGUGGGUGGUGGUUGUGGUGGGUGGGGUGUGGUUGGGGUGGGGUGGUGGGGUGUGUUGGGUGGUGGGGUGGGGGGGGGGUGGUUGGUGUGGGGUGGGUGGGUGUGUUGGUGGGUGUGGGUGGUGGGGGGGUUGGGGGUGGGGUUGGUGGGUGGGUGGUUGUGUGUGGGGUGGUGGGUGUGGGGGGGGUGGGGUGUGGGGGGUGGUUGGGGUGUGGUGGGGUGGGGUUGUGGUGGGGUUGUGGGUGUGGUGGGGUGGGGGGGUGUGUGGGGUGGUGGUGGGUGGGGGUUGUGGGUGGGGGGUGGUGGGGGGUGGGGGUUGGGGUGGGUGGGUGGUGGUGGGGUGGGUGGGUGGGGGUGUUGUGGUGUGGGGGGUGGGGGUGUGGGUGUGGGUGGUGUGGGGGGGGUGGGGGGUGUGGGUUGUGGUGGGUGUGGUUGUGGGGUGGGGGUGGGUGUUGGUGGGGUGGUGGGGGGUGGUGUGGUGGGGUGGUGGGUGUGGGGUGGGUGUUGUGUGGGUGGGGGUUGGUGGGUGGUUUGGGGGUGUGGGUGUGGGUUGUGGGUGGUGUGGGGGUGGGGUUGGGGGUGGGGGGUGGGGUGGUGGGUGUGUGGGGGUUGUUGGGGGUGGGUGUGUGGGUGGUUGUGGGGGUGUGGUGGUGGGGUGGGGUUGGUGUGGGGUGGUGUGGGGGGUUGUGGGUGGUGGGGGGGGGGGUGUGGGGUGGUGGGGUUGGUGGGGGGGUGUGGUGGGGGUGGUGUGGGGUGGGUGUGGGGGGGGGUGGUGUGGGGGUGGGGGGUGGUUGGGGGUGGGGGGGUGUGGUGUGGGGGGGUGGUGGGUGGGGGUGUGUUGGGGUGGGUGGGGGUGGGGUGUGUGGGUGGUGGUGUGGGGUGUGGUGGGGGGGGUGGGUUGGGGGUGUGGGUGGGGUGUGGGGGGGGGGUGGGUGUUGGGGUGGGUGGGGGUGGGUGUGGGUGGUGGGGGGUGGGGGUGGGUGUGGUGGGGUGUGGGUUGGUGGUGGGUGUGGGGGGGUUGGGGGGGGGGUGUGGGGGGUUGGUGGGGGGUGGGGGUGGGGGGUGGUGGGGGUUGGGGUGGUGUGGGGUGGGGGGGUGGUGUGUAGGGGGGGUGUGAGGUGGUAG